AUGGUUGUUGCUGGUGGUGGUGAGAUCGAAAAUGAUGUUGUCUUCGUCGUCGAAGGCACUGCGAAUUUGCUUCUCGACUUUGAAGACCUCAAGAAAGCCUAUAUCGAACCUGCAAUACAGUAAGUAUAACGCCAGAGAGUGCACAUUAGUUUUUUUAAGAUUCGCUGUGGAUCGUCGCUAGAGUUUGUCUUAAGGAAGGAGAAAAGGAUCGAAAUGUAAGUGAGGCAAUUUUGUCAAGCUCAUCAGCUGAGCUCAUUUACGCUUAAAGAACAAGUCUGUUUGUACACUGUACGGGGACGUGUUCACGUCCAUGCCAGACUCAUAUUUUUCAUCAUUUCAUGCUGUAGGAUGUUUAGGUGUUUGAUUUCGAGAAAUAUUUGUAUUCAUAUUGAAGCGGAAAUAUCUCUUUCGUGGUUGCGCUCGCUUUUAUAAACAGAAUUAUUCUUUAAAUUUUAUCCAGCCACAUGCAUGUAAUUGGAACUCUCAUCGUCAAGCUUUGUAAGACUCAGUUUUUUGUUUUAUAAAGCUUAAUUAAUUUUCCCUGCCAAAACAGCAACGAUCGUCAUUUCAAUGAAAUAUUUUCUCCGAACUUAUAGAUGGUAUAAAAUUUUGCGGCACUUUCAGCCAAGGGGAGUGCUAUGGAUGAUGAUCUAAUGGGUGCAAAAAUCAAAAUCCAAAAAAAUCGCUAGGGCUUCAUACAAAACCCCCAAAAAUCCCUGGACCAAAAUUGAACCCCGAAAAAACCCCAUGCCGAAUUUCCGAGCCAUAAAAGCACUAAAUGAUAUAACACGAAAAAUAGAAAUAUUAGUAAUGGAGUGUUUGUGUUUUUUUAUUCAUCACGCCAUCUGGAGUGAGAACCUUUUUUGCAUCUGGUGAUCAUUGUAACAACACUUGAGACACACAAGUGCAUAUUCUGUUACAACAAUAACAUUAUGCAGAAUGACAACUCUACAUGUAAACAAGACUACCCUGAGCAAGAACAUUAUGAACAACCCUACAAAGUUAUUCACAGAUUACCGUUAUUAGAUAAUAUGGGGGAACUAUCACAAACCUUCAGAUUGUUUUGAAUAUCCCCAAAAAUCCCUACUUAAAUCAAGCUACCCCAAAAAAUUCUUGCCAAAAUCUUGCUACCCCCAAAAAUCCCGGAAUCAAAAAUUUCUAACCCCAAAAAAUCCUUCAAUCAUCCCUGUCACUUGAAAUCCGGAGUACCCCCCCCCCCCCUCGGACUUUCAGCUCAUCCUAAAGCUUUUAAGGUACAUGUAUCACAAAGAAGACCUAAAGUGUCACUUUAUGUGAUGUAAGCUUAAAGAUAGUUUUAUGUCAAACAUAAAUUCAUUUGAUGUUAUCAAGGAAUUAAAAUUUUGUUUCUAUUACAUCCUGUUAUGCUAAUAGUCAUAAAGAAAACCUUGUGAUGUUCACGCCAACCAAACAUGAUUAGUUAAACCAGGUUUGAUUGAAUCAGAAUCUCUUGCAAAAUGCUUGCCAAAUGUGGAAAGAUUUUGCUUGUGAAUGAAAUACAUGUAUGGAUGUAGGCUCUAAACCUACCUUUUAUUUUUGGGUAAAUUUGAAAAAGGCAAACAUUAGUAAGUGACAUGACCUCUAUGAGCACAAACUUUGUUGAACUAAAUGGAUUGAAAUGUGUUUCAGAUUUGUUGUGAAUAACAAAUGAAAUAUUUAGUUAAUAUUCACUUUAUUUCUGUAUCAAUAAAAGCAGUGGUUACCCCCUAAGUAAGAACGCCUAUUUAUAUGAACAGGCUGUAGAUGAUGAGUGGAUUCACUGGUAAAAUUACUCAACAGGAAGUUUGACAUCAUUAAGUAUUCGUUCAUAUAUAUAGCAACAUACAAAAUUUACAAAUUAUAGUUAUAGACGGAAAUUUGUAUUGUCUUGUGUUAUAUCUUAGCUAUUUUAAUGGAGGAAUCCCAAUGGACACAGAGUACAGUUUUGGAGAUGAGGUACAUACUGUUUGUUUGAAAUUAACACAUGGCAUUUUGUUUCAGUUUUGAAUGGCUUUAUCUGUAAUUCAUUACUGUGCUUUUGUCAAAAACACGGGAACUUUGAAGUUCAAGAGUUGCCUUCGCAAUUGUUGUGUUUUGUUUGCCAUCAGUCAUUAUUACAAUCACAAGAAACGCACCUUGAAACAUGGAAACACACAAAAUGGAUGGAUAUCCACCAUGCAGUCACAAAUCACAAACCAUGAUCUUUUGAACCCAUUGAAGGAAACUUCUAUUUCCUAAGAGGUCUGCUAAGGUGAUUGAUGGCAUUGAAAAAUGCAAAUGUCAGUUAGCUUUUGAAUCUCAGAAUUUGUAUGUUUUUGAAAAGUGCAGUAAUCGAGGUAGUAAUAAGCGUUAUUUUAUAGAUGGCCACUCGCUUAGCCAAACUAAAUAUAUUUUAAUUUAGGUUCCUCUCCUGCAUCAGAAUAUGGUCCCCUUACCCCCCCCCCCAAAAAAAUGGUAAACAAAUCGCAGUAAAGCUCCAAUAACUUUGCCAAUAACUUUGAAGUUAAAGGCUAAUACAGUGGAGCCUUGAUAUAACAAAUCUCCAGUAAAAUAUGGAGAAAUACCUUGUUAUAAUGAAGCCUCGUUAACAUACAUUUUGUCAUUCCCUUGUCCCUUUGUUAUAUUGAGGUACCACAAUAGAUUUAUAACCCACCUUGAUUCUGAUAUCUUCUUUUCAGUAUGGUCCAAACCAAUAUGGCUUGGUAGUCUAUGGAACAGUAAGUCACACUCCUGAUCCAGCAGUGCAAUGUGUAAGAGAAACAAGAGAUGCAAAGCAGAUGCUGGAGUUUCUGGAGGAAGUUAGGUAAGUAUGCUGGGGGUCGGGGGCUGCGGGCAGGGGAUUUCCCCUAGUUAUACUGUGAGCAUAGUUAUUAAAGUGGAAUGGUUAUGAAACCUGUUAAGAUGAAAUCCAUUAGGUAAUUGAGUAAUUUUAAUUUUCAGUGGACAAAAACCUUGUACCAGAAUAACUUCAAGCAUAUUGCAUUCUUUUUCACACUUUUCAAGGGCUAUAAAUUUUAUAAGUUGUAUGAAAUAACUCCAAAGAAAAAGUUUUUAUUGUAGCCCUAGAAAACAAACUUCAAAAGCCUUAAAUUACACAAAUUGAAAUCUUAUGCGUGACGAUUUUACCUUUGUUGUUUUCUCAAUUCACAGUUUGACAUUAAAUUAUAGAGUUUUGUUGUUACUCAUUUAUUACAGUAGUCUUUUUGGCACAAUCAGAGCCUGUCACUAAUAACUGAGUCCUCACUACUAUAUGCACUCUCCGACUGUGUUGAUUAACUUUCAGAUUUGAGGGUGGUGGCUGUGAGGAAUGCAGCUUAUUAGCUGAAGCACUAAGUGUAGCUCUUCAGGUUAGUGAACAUAAAAAAUAUGAGUCCUUUACCUUUAUAAUAACACCUGAAGAGAAAUUUCAUAUUUCCAAGCAGCCAAUUGUAAUGUUCUAUUUGUUCUAACACCAAUGAAAUUACCAUUGAAAUAUUUUUUUGCUGCAAAAAAUAAAAUGUGAUUAUCUUAUGUAGACAGCAAUGGCAAAUAGCAACAUUGAUCUUUUCACGUGUGAGAUAACAUUUUUUUCCCAUGGAUGAAGAUACAUCAAAAUCAGGCUAGAUAUGAAAUAAUUAUUUUGCUUGAGUUGGUAAAUAACCUGCCAGCAGGCAAGGUGAAAUGAAAAUAGAUUUUCCCAUUACCAUGUAUUAGUCGUGGAGAAUGCAUGAGAGCAGCUAAAAUUGGGCCUCAGAUUUCUGGUUACUGUACAUGCAAAUGGUGUAAAUGGAUUUGUGUUUUGAGUUACUUCAAACAAUAAACCAAAUAUUUUUUGUGAACAGAUAUUUGAUGAAAGAACUAUUCUGAGGGGUCAAACCUCUAAGUAAGUGGCAUUUUUUCAUCAUCAUCAUCAUCAUCAUCAUUUUAAUCGUUGAUCAUCAAUCAUCAUCAUCAUCAUCGUAAUUUAAUUAACUUAUUUACUAUAUAUUCCAAACAUGAAUUACCGGUAAAUUGUAAUAUGCAUGUUAAAUAGAUUGUUGGGUUUGUAGGGGAUUUUUAACCCCUUGCCUAACGAGGACAUAUAUAUACGCUGGAGUUUCAACAAAAAUUGAAGUUGCCAGCAGGUUUGAAAAAAGUAACCAACUGUAUCAAAAAGAGGCUUUUACUCCCCUUCUUCUAGAGGGGUCUGGGGGUCUGCACUUCUUGAAAAUUUCGAAAUUUCAAUGCCCUGAAAUGCAGUUUCCAGCGUUCUGGGCACUAGAUUGAGGACAAAAGAUAAUGUAUUUUCAAUCAAUUUGGUUAGGUAAUGCACAGUAAGUCCAAAACUUUUCUUAAGUAUUUUAAAUCUGAAGCAAAAAGUCUGUCUAAGUCCAGCAAAUUGAAUUUUGAAGUUUUGACAGAAUCUUUCUUUAAUUUAAUACUCUAUUUCCAGCUUCCAAUUUAGAGGAAAAAAGUAGCUGACUUCUCUGAGCAAAGUAGCCAACGUGUUUUGUUGGUCGUCGGUGCUUAUUAGAACCCCUGUAUACGUCCUCUGUGAGGUUGCUCAACAACUGCUGGAGGGAUGUAUAUGUUACACCAAAAGGUCAAAAUUAAAUUCAGGUUGAAAUAUUUUAAGCCCGGUUGAUUCUCAAUUUCCUUUUUCUCCUAGCCCUAAUUAUUCAUGGAUUAGGGCUAGGAGACAAAGGAAAUUGAGAAUCAACCUGGGUUAAAAAAUUUUAAGCUGAAUUAAAUUUUGACCUGUGACAUAUAUAUACAUUCUCACACAAAUGAAAUCACCUACAAUAAAGUCCAGUCAUUCGAGUCGCCUUAAAAUUAAUCAUGAAUUCUGGUGGUUGAGAAAUGGCCUCCAGUUGCUGGGUGUAUUUGGCUCUUACGGACACCUCUAUAAUAAAAUAAAACCGUAGUUUGGUUGGUUUUUAAACCAAGCGGACAGUUUUUCUGUCCCUUUGUGUCCCUUAAAAGGUUUACUGCAUUUGGCUCUGGUAAAAAAUAAAACUUUGUUUUUAUAAUAUUUGAUCUAUGUGAAAAUACCUACUAAUAAGUAGAGAUUAUUUUCAUUUCAAUUUUUCUAUGUGAAAAUGAACAACCCUACACCUCAAGUAAACACGCACUUUUUGUUUGUGCACCGAAGAUGAUUGCUCAAGGAAGAGUUGGAUAUUAGCUACCUGAGGAAUAAUAUUGUGUUUGCUUUGUUGCUAUUUGUAGAGGAAUUGUCCGUAAAAGCUGCAUAGUGGUUUGUAACUCUCCUCCGUUUACUUUGCCAAGUCGUGAGUGUGGCUAUGCUGAUGAUUAUUUUGACAAGACUGUGGAGCAGCUGGCUGAGGAAAUGGGAAAAAAGGUGAUGAAGAAAAUGCUGAUCAUAAGUUACACUGACAAUAAUUUUACUCCUUCAGUAGAUCAUGUGGCUGAAUGUUCAGAUAAAAAAAAAAACCACGUAAUAUAAGUGGUGGCAACAUGGCCGAGUUAGAGAGCGCUGGACUUGUAAUUUGGAGGCCCUCAGUUCCAGUCCCACCCUCACGGCUAGCUGGAUUUGUUCUUGGUAAUCAAGAGUUCAAAUCCUCGGCCAUGCUUGUAAAAUAGCCAACUGGUGUGCCAGUCCUUCCAGUUGGGAUAUCUUGUCCAUGUUAUGUUUCAUUUAAGUUAUUUGUUUCAUUGUCUCUGAAAAGCCCCACAAGGGGAGAGGAUAAUUUAUUAAAGUAUUAUAAUUACAAUAAUAAUAAUAAUAUUAUUAAUAAUAAUAAUUCACCGGGAAUUUUUAUUUUGAAAAGAGAUUGAUUUUGGGAUUGUACUGCUUUAUUGUCAAAAAAAAGUUUAGUUUCAAAUGAGUCUCUUUUUAUCUUUCAGAAAGGAAUAAAUCUCUCCAUCAUUGCACCAAGGAAAAUACCUGCACUUCAGAGAGUCUUUGAAAGGGUCAGUUUUUGCUGCGCCAACCUGCGUUUCACGCUCAGCCUUUGUUAGUCUGUCAAAUUGAUAUGUAGCGCUGUAUACUAAUCGUGAAGUCAAAGCUCUCAGAGUUGACCCCUUUGGAUAACCUAUCUUGUCGUUUUUCACGUUAGUGGUUACCGAGCAAGUGCAGUAGUCCGGAACAAUGAGUUUAAUGCGUGUGAUAUGCGUGUGAUCGCGUGUGACACACGCGCGCAUAAUGCAUGUGAGUGGGCAGGUAUCGUAUUUUAUUCGAUUAAGCGCCUAACCUCAAAUUAGCACCCACCUCGAAUAAGCGCCCAUCCUGUUGGGAGGAAAAUUUAACAAGCACCCACCACGUAUGUGGUUAACCUUAGAGAAGAAAACCUGGCAAAUUGGUCGGUCGUUUUGCCUUAUAUAACCUAUCAGCCAGAAACAGAACCAUUUUGUUUUCUUUUGGAUUUUGCUUGAAAACUGUGCCCGGUAAACGUUUUGGUUUUCUCAGACAACCACACGCCCGCGAAUCUCAACUUUGAAGUUUACUUUCUUUUAUUAAUGUUAGUCUGGUAUUUAUUUUCAAUGUCACUCUCAGUCUCUUACAGUUGAAGGUACCGCUGUUUUGUCCAAAGAUUAUUCAAAGGAUCCUAACCAUCUGGUGUGUAUUCAGGGCCUAGAUUUACCAGGUGAGCACUGUUUGAAUCUCAUACUUUAAUAGACCUUAUUCACGAUGCCCGCCGUUUUUCCACGUGCUCUGAUGGGAUAAAAGCAGCUAUUAAGCAAUGUCACCUGGUAUUCAAACCAGUGAUAAAAUUUGCCAAUACGAGAAAUCGCGGUCGAUUUUGUUUUUUUUUUCCUCUAAAAAAGGAGACGACUUUAGUCAUGCAAAAUGUACUGUAACUUGAGUUUCGACAAGAUUUACGUCGUUAUUGCUCGCUGCGAGGACAUCUGCGGUCGCUACUGUAUACAAAAAAGUAACACUGACCACUUGCAAUAAUUUGCCCCCGGAGACACCACGUGACUACGUGACAUCGCUUAUAUCCCAUCAGUCCUUAAACGCGUGCAAAGAUGGUGGGUAUCGUGAAUAAGUAAGGGUUAUCGGCCUGAUACGAGGGGUUAUGUGAUUUAUUCCUGCGCCCUCGGACAACGCACGAGCCCUUGCUUAACAAGUUUGAAAUGACUUCGUUGUAUAACAAGCGCAUUCAGAAUAUGAGAAACAUGUUUGUCACUCGCUGUAGAAACAAUAAUUUUUCGUGGUAGCUGCGUGUUGUUUUGUAGCUAGCCAAAGUCGUGAUCAAUACGGUUUGCCCAUUCAGUUACACCAAUUUGUAUUAUAAUUACCUGUUUUAGAGAUCUUACCCAUUUUUUCUUCCUGAAGAUUUCAAGUAUUGUAGCUACUCUGCUACAAUCGGGGUACAAUACAAGUUAUGCAUCUAUGCAUUCAUGCUGAUUUGUAAUUUUAAGACGGUAAUGAUUCAGUAAAAUCAUUGAGAAUUCCGUGCUCGAGCCCUUUUACUUUUACUCUUGUUUGUUGUUAAUGUCAGUCUGAUCGGUGAUUGUUGCAUUCUAGUGACAUCAGUAAACCAGAAAUCAGAUGUGAAAAAUGCACAAAGUAUAACAGAUUUGCCGAAAACUAUUGCACAGAUGGCUGAUCCCACUAACAUGAAGUCUGUUUCAUCAGCUGGCAGUCCGCUGACAAGUAAUGGUGCGUGUGUUUCUUAAGGUGUGUUAAAACGGGCAACAAAAGCUUGCAACUUGUUUUGCGACUACGGUUGCAAAACGAGUUGAAGAGUGAUGUUGCGCGUUUUACCACCCUCGAGUCAAACUGUCUUGCAACAAAUCAGGUUGUUGCAGGAGGCAAAAAGUUGUUGCGGAGAGCAGAAAGUAGUUCUACUUUUUGCCUGUAAAUGUCGCGCGUUUUACCGACGCAAGGCAAACUUGUCUUGCAGCAAGUGACUUAACUACCGUAUAUGGCGUGACUCCCGCGUAAUUUUAUCCAAUCAGAAGUCAGUAUUCACACAACUUGCAAGGCAGGUUUGAAUGCGGAUGAUAAAACGCGCAACAUAGCUUUUCAACUCGUUUUACAGCAUUAUUGCAAAACAAGUGGCAGUUGCAUGUUAUUGUUGCUCGUUUUAUCGUAGCUUUACAAGGACCUGUACACUAAAAGCAGGUGUGAAGGGUGAGGGGUCGGGGGGUGUUGGAGGUGGUCCUGAUCCCUCGUUUCCGCUCUUUGUGUGGGAGAAAAGAAAAAUACGAGUUGCCCUUUGGAUUUGAACCGAUGACCUUUCUUAACACUGGGUAGGCAUCAAUUGUAUGCGCUCUGUUCUGUAUCUGCCACCUGUCGAUAUCCGGUCGAACGUGGAUUCGCCCGAUGUGUAUUUGAUUUUUGCAGGCAUAGCAUUAAAACUUUUUCAAGUUUCAAUUUAUGUCGAUCCUUGCCAUCCGUUGCAACAGACGACAGGAAACAUUUUCAAAGCGCCAAAUAUAGUCUACAGACUUUACAGAACCACCUUAUGAAACUCCGUUAUUCACUCUGGAGAUAAAAGGGUUCAGUAAUAAUAAUAAUGAUAAUGUUAACGAUAAAAUAAUGAUGAAAAUGAUAAUAAUAACAAUAGUGAUAACCACAAUAACAAUUGAUAUUGAUGAUGGUGAUGGCGUUGGCGAUGAUGAUGAUGAUGAUUACUAUUAUUAUUUUUCAUUUGUGUCAUUAUUUUUAAAGUUGCUUUUUUCUCUGUUUCUUUUUUAAUUUUAAAGUUAAAGAGAGUCCAGAGAAAGCACCAAAGAAGCCGAACAGUGGUAUUCGUACGACAAUUGCUGAAACCAAACUACAACAAACUGCACCCAGAAUGUUUGGAGUUGCACCAUCGCCUAACGUGUCGAUAACUCCGGUAUGAAAUGAUAUUAACUGGAAAAUUAAACUUCCGUUGAAAACUAAGGAAAGCAAACGUAUGAACAAGUCGUAGAAGUUUAGAGCAUUAAUACCAGAAAGAGCAACGGGGGCUUCGGCAACACUAAGAAAAGUGUCGUCUCUUGAAAACCGUGAACGUUUGUCGGAAUGACUCUGAUCUCCACCUUGGCAGUUAUUGAAACCACCCUUUUCUUUAUAAAACACCAGCUUUAGAUCAGCCAUCGGCAUAACACCAUUCUUUUUAGUUUACAUGAAGUAAGACGUAUUUUCAUUCUUGAAAGGAAGUGAAUAAAAAGCUCGAUUCAUUAGCUUUGUUAGACCCAUCAGUGGUGGUAUCUAUGUCCAAAGGCAAGCGCUUUAUGGGCUCUGUUAUACUGUAGAUGGAAGCAAUGUUUUUAGUGGUAUCUCCUUGAGGUUUAAGAAUAAACCGGUCCGCUAAAAGUCCGUGACAUAGCUGUAGUAUGGGAGUUACUCGCGUCGGGUUUUGGGACUCCUGUUUUACGAAUUUAUUUUUAAUUGAGUAUUUUCGACUGAUUUUUUUGGUAGGACGGUACCGUAAUAUCUGGCGUGGUGAAGGUCAACCCUCCUAAACCAACGCUUCCCUCAGGGCAGGGCAGUAAUUUAAUAGCUGCCAAGCACCACGCUCAGCAGAUUCAGAAAAUUGCAUCAAUACAGCCUCUCAGUCAGUGUGGGUAUUUUUAAAUGGCUGCUCGUUUUUCCUACCACAUUUUUAAUGUGCCUUAAUUCAGCGGAAGCCCGCCAUAGUGUAGCCUCCCACGCAGACGUUCAAAGGGCUUCGUCACGCGUUCCUGCCACACUUGUGGGACAGGAGCGCGUGAAGAACCGCUAAGAACGUUUGCGUGGGAAGCUACCGUUAGUGCGAACACCUCGUUAUUGGCCGUUUUCACACUAGAGACGGAUUAUUCGUGCGAGACGGGUUAUCCGUUGGAUAAUUCGCGUCAGACAGUUAAUACCUCUUAAUUUAAAAAUGGAACGGUUCUAAUUUUGGAUGAAUAAUCCGCCUGACUUUAUCCAUGUGUUUAUUCGUCAAUUUUGAUGGAUUUUGAGGAUAGUUAUCCGUCUCUAGUAUGAGAACGGCCAUUUUGAUCACCCCAAUAUUACGACUCGGCACCCCGUUACCGACCACCCUCUUAUUGCGACCGCUCUAUUAUGACCCUCCUUUAUUACGACCACCCCGUCAUUAUGACCACCCCGUUAUUACGACCACCCCCCCCCACCCACCCCCAGUAUUAUAACGUCCCCGAUAUUAAGUCCAUCGCCAACGUUAUGACCACCGCGUUUAUAUCCAUUUUUUCAGCUCCAAGCAAAAGUACAUAAAUUUUUCGUAUUCCACAACAAUACCUUAUUCAUACACGCUCCCUUCACUUCCCCUUUAUUACCACUCACCCUUUGGAGUCUCCAGUUCUUUCCCUCACGAUCUUACCUCACUAGUAUUACAGUUAUUUCAGUGCCUGCUCAAAGACGAAGGCGGCAGAGGCGUUCACUUCUAUCUCACUUAUUUUAAGACCUCCCGCGCAAAUCAACGCUCCAUCAACUGACGUUCGCCUGCCGAAAAGAAAAGAAAUGGAAAACCUCCUUUUAUUAACGUUUUGCUUUUGACACAAUGCCAAAACUAUAAAAGAAAAUACAGUUGAACCUCUCUAAUACGGACACCGAAGGGACAGAGCGAAGUGUCAGCAUUAGAAAGGUGUCCGUAUAAAAGAGGUCACUAUGAUGACGUCACUUUUAUGACUCCACUUACAGUUUUAAGUGUCUAGUAGCUAACACCAGGCUCACACUCGUCUUUAAACUGCAUUUAAAUGUAUUAAUUCACUGUACAAAGACACUGUCUUCCAGUAGCAUGUACAACAUCGUACAUAGCAGCUACAAAGUAAGAACAGCCGUAGACAAGUCACUGUUUAAAAAAAAAAAAACGAGCUACAGCGCAAUGCUGAAUGUAAAAAGCUGUAACGUAAAGCACAAUUCUGAAAGCGUCUUUCACUAUUUUGCAAGUGUAGUAAACAGUAACUAGAGUACAAAAUGUAAUAGAAAAGAUCUUUAUACUAUCUGUAGUUAUUCAAGCCUUAAAAAGUCGGUUAUGUUCCUCUGUACACCUUUCGUAAAUCGUUGUUUGAUAUACAGCGACUGGGCUUUUGAAAUCUCCUUGCAUAGCUCAUCAGCCAGACGGGAUUCACCCUGUGCAGAUUUACCUGAUCGGUAUUCGGAAUUCACCUGAUCACCGCAGUGUCCGUAAUAAAGAGGUUAACUUUAUACGAAUUUACUCUCUGGGGCCGAGAUUUAUUGUCCGUUGUCCGCGUGAGAGAAGAAAAUUUAUGCAAAUUUUGUCGGGACUUUGGUAACUGUCCGUAAUAGAGAGGUGGCCGUAUUGGAGAGGUUCGAUUGUAGAAGGAAAAAAAAAAGAAUUCAUUUUCCAAAAAAAAACAAAAAAAAAACAAAUGCCUGUUAGUGUGGACUUGGUCUUAAUCUGUUUUUCCACAUACUGUACAGUCCAAAACCCGACACCAAGCAGCGGAGCAGCGGCACCUAACGCGGGGCCAGAGGUUGUGCGUAACACUCCAACACCAAAUUGGCCACAGGUACACAACCAACCACAGCAGAGGCCAGUUCCCCAACCUGGAGGUGGUCAGCCUGUGACGCAAGAUAUGAACCCGACUCAAGGAUCACAGAGAGCUUUGGCUUGGACAGGACACUUGGAGUGGCAGGAUACUGUAAGUUGAUUCAUCGUGGAUCAUUAUACGUUUCUGGGAAACUGCCCACCUACCCCUCCCCUAAGCCAAUAUUAACACUUACUUCUCACCUAGGUCAAAAUGUUGGUUUAGGUGAGGGAUGGGUGGGCAGUUUCGCGGAAACGUAUAAUGAUCCUUCAUCCCUUCCACGAUAGGGAACGUACAAAACUAUAAAGGAGCUCAAGCAAAGGCGACGUAGGUCAACCGGAAGUGGUGCCUUUUUACAUUGGGCAGUGGUUUUGCCCAAAUUUUCCGGCAAAUCGUCGCCAUAAGGGUGAAGAAACUUAGCAAUGCAAAUUUGGUAGCGUCAAGGCUUAUUUAAAGGGAAAAGGCCUCACUUCGGAUUGACGUGCGUCUCUAAAAAACACCUUCUCUUAAGCUUCCUUAUGACGGCGUAACACGGGAACGUGUGAAACACAAUGGGUCGGCUAUUAAAACGAAGGCUAACGAAAUCAUUGGACGUUUAGAUUUCUUUCUCAGCGGAUUAAAUUUAAGAAAAUAAUUGCUUUUCCAGUCUAUGCAAUAUGCUCUAUUGAAAUCGUUCGCGAUCAAUGGUGUUUAGAUAAAAUCGUUGGCAAUCUGAAAUUGGCUUAGAAUGCGAUUUUGUUAAACAAGGGUUAUAACUCCGUUUAAAUAACCGGGCCAGUAGGGUUAGGAAGAAAAACAGCAACUUUGCAAUUACAUCACUCUUUUUCUCUAAAUUUUGUUUUGCUGUCUUUGCACAACUACGACGUGAAAUGACUAAAUUUAAGUUUGCUUGGGAACGGCAAGGCGAUAGUUUUAUUAUCUCAGCCUGAUUUCGGACGGGUCUUUCUUCAGGUACUGUCAUCACAAAAGAAUCAAAGGAACUGGGGGCGUUAUUGUUUGGUUGUAUUGUCUCUUUUUGUUGUACGUAAUCUGUGCCUCGGUACGAACAGAAGGAACCAUUCGGACACGUUUCCCUCUCUUCAGCUCCAACCGUAUUUCCAUUC